AUGGCGGCGAGUCAGGGAGGUGGUGGUAACAGUGGGGGUGGCGGUGGUGGUGGAGGUGGAAGCAGCAGUGGCAGCAGCGCGGCCGGAGGAGGAGGUGGUGGGGCCGGAGGGGGAGGUGGAGGCGGCAGUGGCGGGAUCCUGGUGGUGCCCAUCCCGGUGCCGACUCUUUUCGGCCAGCCGUUUCCCAAUGGGCCGCAGUGGAACCCGGGGAGCCUGCAGCCUCAACACACCGUGAGGAGCCUGGACCGGGCCCUGGAGGAGGCGGGCAACUCCGGCAUCCUGAGCCUCAGUGGCAGGAAACUCCGGGACUUCCCGGGCAGCGGCUACGACCUGACAGACACCACCCAAGCAGAUCUUUCUAGAAACCGCUUUACAGAAAUUCCUUCUGAUGUGUGGUUAUUUGCACCUCUUGAAACAUUAAACUUAUAUCAUAAUUGCAUCAAAACCAUUCCUGAAGCCAUUAAAAACCUGCAGAUGUUAACAUACCUUAACAUUAGCCGAAAUCUUUUAUCAACAUUGCCAAAGUACCUGUUUGAUCUUCCUCUUAAAGUUUUGGUCAUCAGUAAUAAUAAACUGGUAUCCAUUCCAGAAGAAAUUGGGAAGUUAAAAGAUUUAAUGGAACUGGAUAUUAGCUGCAAUGAAAUACAGGUCCUUCCCCAACAAAUGGGAAAAUUACAGUCACUUCGAGAGUUAAAUAUAAGAAGAAAUAAUCUUCAUUCUUUGCCGGAUGAACUAGGUGAUCUUCCCUUAGUCAAGCUGGAUUUUUCUUGUAAUAAAGUGACUGAAAUCCCAGUUUGUUACAGGAAGCUGCAUCAUUUGCAAGUAAUAGUUUUGGAUAACAAUCCACUACAAGUACCACCAGCACAGAUAUGUUUAAAGGGUAAAGUGCACAUAUUUAAGUACCUAAAUAUUCAAGCAUGUUGUAGAAUGGAUAAGAAACCAGAUUCCCUUGAUCUUCCAUCUCUGAAUAAAAGAGUGCCAUCUCAGCCUCUCACAGACAGUAUGGAAGAUUUUUAUCCGAAUAAAAAUCAUGGUCCUGACUCUGGAAUUGGGAGUGAUAAUGGAGAGAAACGAUUAUCUACAACAGAACCUUCAGAUGAUGAUACAAUCAGUCUUCACUCUCAAGUGUCAGAAUCAAAUAGAGAACAAACAUUGAGAAAUGAUAAUCAUACACUAGGAAGCAAGACUGAUUCCCAGAAAGACCAGGAGGUGUAUGAUUUUAUUGAUCCCAAUACGGAAGAUGUAGCUGUUCCCGAACAAGGAGAUAUACAUAUUGGAUCAUUUGUCUCUUUCCUUAAGGGAAAAGAAAAAUGCUCUGAAAAAUCACAGAAAAAUGAAGAUUUGGGAAAUGAGAAAAGACUUGAAAAAGAACGGUUGCUUGCAGAAGAUGAUGAUGAAUUGAAGGAAGUAACUGAUUUGAGGAAAAUAGCUGCUCAGUUAUUGAAACAAGAACAGAAGAACAGGAUUCUUAAUCAUUCAACUUCUGUCAUUAGAAACAAGCUGAAACAAACUGUGGAAUGUGAAAAGAGUGUCUCGGCAGAUGAAGUUAAUUCACCAUUAUCUCCCCUUACAUGGCAGCCCUUAGAGAAUCAGAAGGAUCAAAUAGUUGAACAACAUUGGCCAGAAUCUCAACCUAUAAUCUGGCAAAGUGAAGAAAGGAGGCGGAGUAAACAGAUUAGAAAGGAAUAUUUCAAGUAUAAAUCCACAAGGAAGAGUUCAAGUGUCAAUGAAAAUGAUGAGCAAGACAGUGAUAAUGCUAAUAUGUCACCACAAUCUCCAGUAUCAUCUGAGGAGUAUGACAGAACAGAUGGUUUUUCACAUGGUCCCUUUGGCUUAAAGCCUCGAUCAGCUUUUAGCCGCUCAUCUCGCCAAGAAUAUGGAGUAGCAGAUCCAGGGUUUACAAUGAGAAGAAAGAUGGAACAUUUACGGGAAGAGCGAGAACAAAUAAGACAGCUUCGCAAUAAUCUUGAAUCCAGGUUAAAAGUAAUUUUGCCUGAUGACAUUGGAGCUGCAUUGAUGGAUGGGGUUGUUCUUUGCCAUUUAGCCAAUCACAUAAGGCCACGCUCUGUAGCUAGUAUUCAUGUACCUUCACCAGCAGUGCCCAAGCUGAGCAUGGCAAAAUGUCGAAGAAAUGUAGAAAAUUUUCUUGAUGCUUGCAAAAAAUUGGGUGUUUCACAGGAAAGACUCUGUUUGCCUCACCAUAUUUUGGAAGAACGAGGUCUUGUGAAAGUUGGUGUCACAGUUCAGGCACUCCUUGAGUUACCUACAACCAAGACAUCUCAACUUUCUAUGGCCUGAUAUAACCUUUUUAAAAUCGGAAGUGUAUACUUUCAUUUCUUUGAAGUGAUUUCAGAUAUCUUUAAUUCAUGAAGAGAAUCCAGUCAAAAAUAAUUUGCCUUAGGUCAAGCCUUAGGUUUUUAACAAAAUUACAUUCAUACAUCAAACUUAUACUUUAAAUAGCCCAAACUUCUUUUAGGAAAAAACAGGUUCAAUUUAAUAAGAGUUUUGACAAAUUUUCUCCUUUUACUGUUAAUAACUAAUUAUUUUUCAAAAAGCAGAUUAAUACCGAACUUAAAAUAUGAUUAGGCUUAAUUGUUUUUAUAUCAUAACCUACUAGGACACAUCUGGAUAAAUAUAAUCAAUUUUUUAGCAACUUGAACAGUCCUAUAUUUGAGUUAUUCAAUACACUUCUAGUUUAUAUAUUAUUUCUUCAAUCCUUGGUCUUAGUUUUCUAGAAAAAAUGAGUAGACAAAACAACUCUGAUAUUAAAUUCUUUUAGUACUAUAGGUUUGUGCCAAAAUAUUUUCAGUUGUACUGUAGAUUGUUUACAUGUGAAGUGCCUGUGUAAUUGAUGAAUCUUAUAUAGUCUUAAGCAUUUUUGCAUUUUCUUUUUAUGUAUUAAUAGAAUCAAUGGGAUUUUAAAAUAUUUCAGUGAAUUUUGUAAGGUCAGUAGUAUGUGAGGAUUUUAAAUGUGCCUCACACUGUGACAUUUGUCAAUUUUUAGUUAAUAACUUGCUGUUUUCCUUAAAUUGGUUAUUUCAUGUUGUCAAAAUGUUAAUAUGCUUAAUUUAUGCUAUUUAAUUUCACAAAAAUUAAUCAUCUUUUAAAAUGUAUUAUUUGAGAGUAUUUUAUUUCUGUAUUGAAAAAAUGUUACACAAGAAUUUGAAAACUAGUGAAGUACUAAUGAUCAAGGACAUUUUGAUAAAGCUGCCAAAGUUUGGAUUUAUAUCUUGAAUUUCAGGAACAUUACAUCAAGUGCUGCUUUUAGCUGUACUCAGCAGCAAUUGAGGAAUAGGAUUUUAUUUAGUUUGGCCAUUUGUAGCUAUUGCACAUCUUGUGAUGCUCAAUUGACUUGAUGUUAAAAACAAUCCAUUCCAGAAAUAUUUCCAUGAACUUGUAUGUUACGUAAAGUCCUUGUUUGAUUUAGAGAUGGAUAAAUUUAUGUUGGUAGUAGUGCAGGAACUUUUUCCAAAAUAUCACUAUAACAAAUAACUGUUUCCUAUAGAUGAACCUUAAUAAUUACUUUUGUAGUAGCCAAACAAGUAUCAUAUUUUAAAUAUGUGAUUAUUUGCACUUAUUACCUCUUAAUAUGGAUGCAACUUAUUAAAAAUGCUGGCCUUGGUAUUUUAAAGGAUAUAUAUACAAGGUAAAAAAGUAGUGUGCCAAAUGGUGUAGUAAACGUUGGUUUAGGAGACAACUCUACUUUUUUUGGUCUGCUGGCAAGAAGCCAUAUAACUAAAUUUUGGCUUUAUAAUAUUGAUGUGUUUUUUCAUUCCCCAUGGAUCAAAUCAGAGCUUGUAAAGGAUCAAAGCUUCUUAUGACUGUAAAGUUUAAAAAUUAAAUUAUUAAUAAUUUAUUACUUUAAAUAUUUGAGCUAAAUACUUGUAAAUUUUCAGUUGGAUCUAAGCCUUAGAAGGGGGAAAACCCUUAUUGAUACAAUUAACAUCCCUAGUAAAAAUUUUUAUAAAUAUAGUUAAGCAAUUCCUAGUGAGUACCUUAGUUAUCCAGUUUUAAAUUUAGAAAUUUAAGAGCAUCACAAAUCAAGUAACUUUUAAAAAUCACAACAAUCAUUCGUACUUCUUUCAUAGUUAUUGUGCUAUAAAAUUCUUCUUAAUCUAGCAUUUGUUAUUUUUCAGGUUUUUGUGCUUCAUUAUUGAAAUGGUAAUGAAACUUGAUCAUUACCUUAUUGCAUUACACCUGCUGGUUAACUAUUACUGUACAAAGAAAAUGAAGCAGAAUUUCACUGUCCAUUCUUUACAGUAAAUCAGAAUCGCAUUGAAAGUGGAACCAUCUGAGAUCCAUACCUUGAUAGUUCGUUUAGUAUUAUACCUAAAGGCAAAACCAUGUCUAAGCAGCUUCAACAGCAUAAUCUACAAAGGCAACAUUAUACCAAGGCUCUAGUGUAUUUCAUUUAGCAGUUUUUAAGUGUAAAUUUUAUUCUAAAUAGCUUUAUAGUUACUCUGUAUUACUCCAUUGCUCAUUGAAUUAAGAAUAAUUUUCAUUAUUUGAAUGGGUUUGUGAUAUGAUGAUGGUUGAAUAAUCAAACUAAACUAUUUUGUUGGGUCCUAAUAAAUUCACUAGAUAGGUAUUCCAUGAUUGUGUGGCACAAGAAAGCAGUGAUGUUGGAUAUGUUAGAAUUAAAGUGAGUAAAACGCAUAACCAUUUGUUUAAUAAUUAUCUUUAUAGAAUGCUAGUUUAAUGAAUUUUCUAACUGCAUUUUUUGAAGAAUUCAGAAAUGUUUGUAUUAGGCACAGACCUAUCAUAACUGAUUUUCUGAUGCAUUUAAAAAUAAAUGGACCACUAAAUGUAUAUUACCGAUGCAAACUGUGGAUAAAAUUGAAUGAAAAAAAUUUGUCUG